GAGACGCCGAACCUGCAGGCCCUCGCAUCCACCACGACGGAUGUGACAGAAAAAACGAUUCUUCACAUGGAUUAAACCAUGACGGCAACAAUGGCGCUCCGUCCGUUUGAUUCCGAAAAGGAGCGCCAGAUGACCUUUCGCCUUUAUGAAAUGACCACCAGGAAGGGCGCGAGUGUACUGCAGCAGGUCCUGGAGUGGGGCACCUUCAGCAGGCAGCCGGAUCAGUCUUUUGCUGACUACCUUUUCCUAGUGAAGAAGCUCUCCAGGGGUCCCAUACGAAAGAAACUCAGCCCCAGCCAGUGGAAGAAGGUGAAGGACCAUAGCUUGAAGGAUUUUGACAUAACACUGUUGUACUUGUGCAUUCAGUAUGGCUGCGACGGACUCGGUCCUCCUAGCGACAGAAGGUGGGCCGAGUCAGGAGACACACUGGAGUACAACCUGACUUUGGUCAAGAACUUCAGAAAUGCCUUCCUUCAUGAGGAGUUUAAAGUUGAUGAGAGCAAUUUCCUUGACAAGACGGAGGAACUGAGGAAUCUGCUUAACAAAAUACUCAAGAGAGCAGCGGAAAUCUACAACAAGGAUCAACAGCUAGUUGACGACAUUUUGCAAAAACUUAGCAACGAAAUCAACAGUAUCAGGGAUGAGUCGCUGGAUCUGUCAGGAAGAAGCAGCUUGGACUUUGAUAAAUUACGUCAGCAUGUGAAUAGUGAAGGUAAACUAGAAUUAAAAAGGAGGUACAGAGAUAUGUCAAGUAUUGGACCAGUGUCAAAUCUACUUGAUAAGUACGUAAAAAUAAAAGUACGUAUAGAUAAGGUAUUUACCAAAAUACUAAUGAAAGAAGACGAUACUCAAAUUCGUCUUGAAGAUCUCCUUGCGUUGGUGGAGAGGAGGCAAAACCAGAGCCAAACAAGCGGCACCGCCUUGCUGGUCGAGGGCCCUGCAGGCGUCGGCAAGACAACCCUCACGAGAAAGAUGAUCAGCGACUGGGCCUCAGGAGCUAGUACCAUGGAAAACCUCCAAGACUAUGAGUUUGCCAUUUUGGUAGAAUGCAGAGCGAGAGAAAUUCAUUCCCUCUCUCAACUCCUGCAGUUUCUCUUACCAAACACAAGUAAGCUCGUCCGAAAAGACUACCUGCUUGAAUGCAUUCAGGAUAACAGGCUUUUGUUUAUUGUUGACGGUUUGGACGAGCUUAACUCAUCCUCGGAACAAGUGUACAGAGAGAUACUGAAAUUAGGAGAAUCUCACGGUGAUGUCACUGUUCUGUGUACAACACGACCAAACAAAGUACCCGAUUUUAAGAGAUGUGCCCCAAACAACUUUAACAUCAUCCAUGUGCAUGUUCUCGGGAUAGCUGAAGAUAACAGGGAAGAAUUUGUAAAUAAUUACAGCCAGGCCCUUGGGAGCACAGAUGAGGAAAGAGACAUCUCUGGCCUUCUUUGCUAUCUGAACAGAAAGGAGAGUCGUCUGCAAGAUCACUGGCGAUUCCCUUUUAAUCUUGUCUUUGUAACAGUCUUGUGGGUUCUUGACCCUGAAGCGGUGAACAGAAUGACUACAGCGACGGAACUUUUCUUAAAGACACAUGAGCUGUGUCAGAGUAAGUUAAGACAGAGGCUGUUCGAUCAUGAAAAGACUUGGAAAUGGGACUUUCCUGAAAUGAAAGAAAAGAUGGAUAAAUUCCUUAAGAAGCUUUAUGAGGAAGCCCUAAUUAACCACUGCUGUGAUGACACCGUGCUGUCUAAGGCCUCUGUACAGAGACUUAGGGACGCUUGCGACUAUCUAGAUUUGCCUGUCGCAGAAAUUCUUAGCACGUUUUUAGUCCAAGCAACGUCACUGACAGAAGAAACAGAAGAGAAGUAUAGUUUCCCCCAUAAGGGAAUACAAGAUUUUUUCUCAGCACUUCACGUCAUGGAAAGUCUCAUUGCUGACAACCUAGACAUUCCUAGAAUUAUCUCUGGCUUUAGGACCGUCCUCUCCAGCAGAAAUGUGCCAUCAGUGACCAGCCAAUACAUUAUACAAAAAAAUCAUGAAAUUUUAAACCAACUAAAACAUAAAGCUUGUAGAACAACAAACAGCAUCAGGAGUGUGCUUGAUGCGACUCUUAAAGAAGCUGCGAAGUAUAGUACAAGUGCGGUUGCGCUUAACUUGGUCAAAUGGCAGAACAUUCUGGUUCAUCUCACUGGUCUCCUCUACUUGGAAGGCAGAACCAUGGGAGAAGAAACGUCUGCCGAACUGGUGUCGCUGCUCAAGGGAGCUGGCGUAGAAGGCAGGUCCCAGUGGCUGAAUUUAUUAUCUGAAGUUAAGUGUGAAGCAACUGUGAGCAAAUAUGUUGCUCGGGCGAUGGAUAUGAGGGAAGUUGUAAGAGUGACAGACUGCCAUGUUGCUGCGUACGCCAGCGUCUUACCUCAUACACAGUCAUCGAGUGUGGAGAUCCACGUCACAGGCAACCCGCGGGAUGUUCCGCGUCUGACUGAACUCCUAAUGGUAAUUAAAGGGAAAACUUGGCCCAUUAAAAUGGAAUUUCAGCAUGACUUUCGACAUCCCAAGGCCGGCGGCAGCAUCCUUGACGAAGAUCUUCGGCAGCUUUUCCAGCAGCCGCACAGUAGAGUGCUCAAGUUCAAGGGCCAAUUGAGCGCAGCCGCCGCGACGGCCCUGCCUCGCGGCCUUCAGGAGCUCCAGUUGGCCCUGCUCGACGACGCCCACUACCGCGCCCUGCAGCCGUUGCUGUCCUCACUCCCGGCGCGGCUGCCUCCGCUCAAGGGCCUCUUACUGCACGUGGCGGCGGGGCUGAGCGAGGCGGCGCUGCAGCCGCUGCCGCGCGUCAACCAUCUGGGCCUCGUGUUCGACCACGUGCGAGGGGCCGCGGUGGCGUGGGCGAGUGGAGUCGCCCGCAAGCUGCAGCCUGCAGAAGGGUAUCCUCUCGGCCUUUUUCCCGGCCUCGGCAAGUCCGAGGACGCCUGCUUCCAACUCCUUGAGGAACUCUCUCGCCGUGGAGUGAGGGUGCGCAGGGCGGUGCUGGUGUCUCCGGCGGUCGCCCAGGCAGACUAUAUAGCACUGAAUACCAUUUCCCAACGAGAUAUUGGUUGUAAAUUCCUUGCUGACGACGAGGAGACGGUCUGGCGGGAAUGGACUUCUAUGGCAUUUUCGACGUUGGACAUGUGACCUGUUGAGCUCAGCCUGCCGUGUGCUGUUAACCAUCUGGACAACACAGGUGUGCCUGGUAGUAGCCGAUGACCGCUGGGGACUUCUUGAUCUGGUAUAUAUGCUAAACAAGCGUGAAAUAUCCACUCACCGGCCAUUGCCCAUUCGUCUGGACGAGGCCUAAUGAAUGAAAGAAGCAAGCCCUUUAACUCGUUCAUCGAAGUACACCGGGCAUCCAGACCCCAAACGGGGUACUUUUACAGGAACUGCCACAAUAAAAUUCAAUUUUUUAAAGUGGGUAUCUAUAUGUCACAUAUCUGAAUAUCAUACCUCUGUGUAUUAUUGUGGACAGACAAACGUUGCACUGUAACCAGACAAACACACACAUUGGGUUCAAUCAGCUAUUGCUGUCACAUCAGGGCCCUGAGCAGCGUCCGAAACAUUUUCGCAGACAUGUCUGUUUAUAAGUUCACAUACAGAGCUUAAAAUAUUGGUUAAAUCAUUGCCGGGAAAGUGUGGAACAUGCUAAAUAUGCUACAGACAUGGCGAUAUACCUGCUUCACGAUUACUUUCAAAGUGCCAAAAAUCAUGUUCAAAACAGACAGUCGACACCAGUUUGCAGGUACCACUACCUCUCGACAGGUAAAAGGAGAUGGGUUUCUCAGCUGCUGCUGCUAAAGCUGUGUCAAUGUGGAUAUAGAUCCAAACACCCUUGUUGAUAUUUGGUCCACCCAUUAUUAAGUCUGUGAAAUGAAAAUAUCUCGACCAUGCCUCCAAGUACAUUAUAGCCUCCCCAAGUUCCAGUUUAUCCCCUUUUACACGUACGGAGUUAUUCGGUAGUGAAGAAAGGUAUGUUUUCCUUAUUCUGGCUCCAUGUCGAAAUAAGGUUUUACUUAGGGCUUAUUUUUGAUAUAAUUUUAUUAUACGAAAAAAGUCGUAAUCGACAUGCAAUGAACGGAUUGUCAUUACUAUUCUUUAUGGUAUUUACAAAUUAGUUACAAAAAAAGAGAAGUUGGAGCAAAUACGCAGUAAGUAAAAUUUUUUUGAUCGAAUACCUCACAAAUCACUCGGCAAAAGACAAAACUACUGGUAUCAAUAAAAAAGGGACCAUUUUCUAUUCUUGAGGUGAAAAUGUUUAGCAAAUUUAUGUAAAGUGCACAAAUGAUCAAUUCCGGCUUUGAGAAAUCUCUCCUAAGCUUUCCAAGCCAUGCCUCAAUAGAAUUAUCCCUAAAAUAGUGAUUUUUUGUAAAAUAUCAACUGUAUGCAUUAAAGAUGUUUUUAUAUAAAA